AUGCGACAAAGAGCUGAAAGAGAAUUAUCAUCACUACAAGAAAUUGCUGAACAAGAGUAUAAAAAUGUAUGUGUAUCAUUAAUGCACUUAAUGUCCCUUUUUUUCUCUUUUUUAGGUCGUGGCCUAAGUCAGUGUCGUCAGAAAAAGCUUCCUUCAAUACCAAAUUCAUCGUCUUUUAUCGUACCAGAUAUAUACACAAUAUAUUAUCUUGAUCGUGAUCGUUUGUUAUUACAUGAUAGUGAAAACCCAAGUUUCCAAUUCAAUUCAUCAGAUAAUAUACAACCAUCAGGAAGAAUUUUAAUUUGGUCGUCAGAUAUUCAACUUCAUUUAUUAUUUAACAGUGAACGAUUACAUAUGGAUGGUACAUUUUCAAGUUCACCUGCACAUUUUGAUCAAGUCUUCAUUAUACAAGCAAUACAUCAUGGAUCAUGUAAGCUAUAUUUAUGGGACAAAACUACUUGUAAAUAA